AGUGCAGCCAUUUUCGGCCCAAAUUGCACGGCAUAACCUAGGCUGCCGAUGAUUGCAGAGAGAAUGCUCAUCAUUUGGGCAGUGCUUCUGGAUGCCGCGCUGGCUGCUUCAAUGAAUGCUUCAACGCCAGGGGUGGAAGGAGCUUCUUGCCCGGGCUCCAUCAGCCUUGGCGGACGCAAUAGACCUAUCCACAUGACAAAUGCCUAUUGGAACAAACCGUACGACCCAGCUGGGGAGGUUGAUGUGGAUGGCAAUGGAGUCAUUCAUGUGUACAUGAAAGGAAGAACCUACUUUUCAGACAAAUGCAGAGCUGGCAGUUACUCCAACAAUCGCUACACCAAACUCCGUCUCCUGGGCAAGCGCAUUCGAUGGACCACAGAUCUCGCCACGGCUGGGUGUGGCUGCAAUGCCGCUUUCUAUUUGGUCUCCCUUGCUCAAAACACCGAAGUCUCAGGAUGCAAGGACUACUACUGCGAUGCCAAUAGCGUUUGCGGUGUGCGAUGCACGGAGAUUGACUUGCAGGAGGCCAACAAGCAUGCCUUCCACUCAGUUCUCCACUUGGCACAAGAUGGCUCAGGAGAAGGACUUGGCUAUGGUGGGGGUGGAUCUGGAUGGAGCAACAGCCGUGAUUGGACCAAGGAAGAGUACGGUCCAGGUGCCAGUUGCAUUGACACCACAAAACCUUUCCAAGUGGAAGUGAGCUUUCCUGCAUAUCGUCGACGAGGUCAAAUGCUCUUGCGGGCAAUGGUCACACGAGUGUCGCAGAAUGGGUGCACCCUAGAGGCCUCGGUGGACACUCAGUCCUAUCACUUUGGAGGUCAAUCAAGUGCCCGGGAAUUGACCGAUGCAUUAACACAUGGUAUGACGCCAGUAGUUAGCUACUGGAGUGCACCAGACAUGCUGUGGAUGGAUGGAGUUGGUGGUGAUGGCAAGGGUCCUUGCCACAAGGAUGAGCCAGACCUUUGCGGUGAGACGGUCAAGUUCUACGACUUCGCGGUGGAGAGUUUGCCGACACCCGUCCGACUGAUCUGAAGCAUCAAUCAAGCUGCCAAAGGGCAAGCGGUGCUUCUACUUUUGAGAUUGCAUGGUAGAUUGAAUUCGCUGGACAGCAGUCAAUGCCAUGGGGCAACCAAUUUUCAUUUUUGAGCCUGGUGUCCGACUAUUUGGCGCCAGCGCACCAUGAUGGGUGCUCCUUGGGCUAGAUCCCAGGCCUGCAGCUUUGAAGUGAGCUGCCAAUCGAGAAUCAGCCGAGUGGACAAGUGCAGAAAAGGAAAGCAUUGACAGCAUGAACACAUGCACACUUUUGAAAGACUAUGCGCAUGUGGUCACACAGGGAGAAACAUGUCCCAGGAUUGUGCGAACCAAAAUUGGGAUUGAGCCAUACGGAAGGAACAUUGCCGCGUCGAUG